AUUGCUCGAAAUUUUAAAAAUGUCAGUGGAAAGGCAUUUUUCCUAUUUGGGAUAAAAAAAUAACUUUCUCUGUGCAAAAAAAAAAAUGGAUUUAGAGGCUUGGGUCGAAGUUACAAGCCUAGAAUAAACCUCUUGUAAACGGGACCUUAUUUCAGUGACUCUGAUCUUAUCUAUGUCUGAAUUCACUUUAAGAUUCAGAAAUUCACGUACAUAUCAUCAGAACAUAAAUUUGCGUAUCAUUUUAAUCCUCUGCACUUUUAAUAGCAAGCGAGCAUUCAUUGCUCAAACGGCGUGGUGAAUCAGGCAGUACGAUUUAGGAGGAUAAUCGCUGAUGAAAAUGUCGCUAGGAAACUGAUUCCUUCUUUACUUUUUGUGUAUGUACGGUGCUGUAACAGCAGGAAGUUUAAAAUAGUCCGCAGCGGAAGCCAAAGAAGAAACUGUAUCCCAGGCUUUCAAACACAAUAUUCUUUUGAAAGGGCAAUUCUUCUCUCUAAGCUGCGUCAUCUUGUGGAGGAAAUAUUCUCAUUUAACCAACUCAAGUCGUUUACUUUUUUUUUAAGGAGUUGGUCUCCCUGGUGACUCAUAUAGGUUAUUCUUUCAAAGCAUUUCCGGGUGAAUAUUUGAAAAAUGCAAAGAAAUGGCAGACUGAGGAAUUUCUAAGGAAUCUGCUAGCCAGAAAAAAACAUGCUGAGAACAGUGAUGAAUCUUCCUUGAAUUAUCUGCUUAUGCAAAAGGCUGAGAAAUGUCACAGCAGCUGGUAAAAGAAGCUUUUCUAAGUAACCUAAAUGGAACGACAUUACUUGAAAUUUCUGUUAGCUUACCUCUUGCACCAUUAUGUGUUCUCACCAGAGGACUGCUCCUAAUUUUGUAUUUUCUCCAUAACAGAAGACCUUUAUGCUCAAUAUAUGGCAAUUUUUUUCUAGACUUCACUGUUUUAAUCGUCCCUCUAGUACUUUCCUGUACAAUUUUAGCUUCCACACUCCCUUUUGUGAUCCUCUCCAUUAUGGCACUCUGCACAGGCUUGAUUUUUGUCAUUUAUACGAAACGGACAAUUUAUGCCCAAGUAAAUCUUAAGCAAAUCUUAGAUGAUUUUCUGAGAACCAACUUGGACCCAGAAUACAUUCCCGCCAUAACCUCGCUUCGAGUGUUUAUCAAUUUAUGGACAUCCAUUAACAUCCUGGCUGUAGACUUCCCACAGUAUCCCCGGAGGUAUGCCAAAACGGAGUCUUAUGGGACCGGGCUGAUGGAUUUGGGAGUUGGAAUAUUUGUUUUUGGAAAUGGUGUGGUUUGUCCAGAAGUUCGGUUGAAACCUGGUGCGUCCCAAAACAAAUUCUUUUAUUUCACAAGGCAGUUGUUGACCGUAUGGCCUCUCCUACUCCUUGGCUUUGGACGACUAAUGAGUGUUAAAGCAGCUGACUAUUAUGAGCAUGUCACUGAGUAUGGUGUGCACUGGAACUUUUUCUUCACUUUAGCUGCUAUACGAAUGGGUGCAUCGCUCCUUCUGACUGUAUUCCCCGUGCACAAAGCCUGGAUAGUCGCAGUAAUGUUAGCUGUGGUUUAUGAAUGCUUUCUUGAGAUUACACCUCUGAAAAUGUUUAUUUUGCAUGGAAGCAAUGGGCAAGAUUCAAGGACUGGUUUUCUAAAUGCCAACAGAGAGGGCAUAUUUUCUGUCAUUGGUUACCUUGCUAUCUACAUGGCUAGUGUGCAAGUAGGUUUAUAUUUGUUAGGAAAAAGAACAACAGCAAGAGGAUGGCUUAAAAUAAUCUGCUACUUUUUACAGGCCAUUUUCCUCCUUUUUAUAUGUCUCUUCGUUGCUCAGAUGUACAUUGACACCGUGUCCCGACGAAUGGCAAAUCUUUCUUUUUGUAUAUGGAUCAUUGCUAGCUGCUUGAUUGCAUUUAGUUCUUUUUUAGUGGUUGAUCUCAUUCUCAUAUUCACAAAGCUUGUUGUGGGUGGGGCCGAUAUUCCUAGUAGUUGGAAUGUUCUACACUCAUCAACAUAUAAAAAAUCUGAUUUGGAAUUUCGGCACAGAAAAAACGAAUCUCAGAGUAUGUGCAUGAUCAAUGCUGUGAACAAAAACCAGCUUCUGCAUUUUUUGCUAGCCAAUGUUUUAACUGGUCUUGUAAAUAUGCAUGUUGAUACAGUGCACAGCAGCACACUCUCUGCCAUGUUAAUUCUGCAUUUGUAUAUGUUUACAAACUGUUUAGUUAUGUAUAUGUUACAAGCAAAAAAUAUAGUUUUAAAAUGGUGGUAAUUUACAAAGCUGCAGGACAUAUCUAGGCAAUUCCCAGGUAUGAACAUUGACUUGAAGGCACAAAAAUAUUGCCAAUAAAAAUGAUAAAAGCUGCAAUGCCUUUAUGAAAUAUAAAGCCUUGGGUGUUUUUCCUUAGGUUUGCGAUAUAUAUGCAUAAGAUGGUAUAUAUUUUUUAACUGGGAUAUUUAAUAGCCCAUUUCCGAUUUUUGGAAAAUGGAACGGAAUUAUUUUAAACAAGAGAAAACGUCUUGUCAAUAAUAUAUGUUUACAAACUUUUGUAACAUUAUGAAACAUAAAAACCAUUAUCACUCAAGUGGAUUGGGACAAUUUUUUUUGUAGGGGGUUAAAGGAUAAAAUUGAUAAAAACAAAGAUACCUGUUUUGAUUCUUAUUUUAGAAAAAUAUAUAUUUCAAUGAUACAAUUGAAUAUCAGUGCUGGAGGAUCAGGUGUGGCUUGAAGGUUUCUUACACCUGCUAUUUCUACUUAGCCCAACUGACGUAUAUAUUUAGGCUAGUUUUGGGCCCUCAAUUGAGAAUACGGAAGGUAAAUCAAAGUAUAAAAAUUAAAGGCGGCCAUUCUACUUAGGUUUCUGGAAAUGGAUCAACUGCUACAUACAUUAGCAGUUGUAAUUUACUAUUCAUUGGAGAAAAACAAACGUGACAUAAUAUAGAAAAUAAAGUUCUCGUUUCUGAGCUCAUAACCUCAGUGGAACUAUGCCCAACGAAAGUCAUUAUGCAAUAAUGUUCCAUUUUCAAGGCCAUGCAAUAAAGUAAGCCAUUUGUUG